AUGGGCUUCUGUCUGUCCAAAUGUCUCCCUGACGGCGACAUGGCAGCUGAGCUUGAGGCUGAACUAGACGAAUCCAACCAUAGCUAUUUGCCUCAAUCUACGGGACAAUCUACCUUUGGCACCACUUCUCUACUUGCGGCCGAUGAGGUAGUCUGUCUUGAUGUAAUUGGCGAAGGACCGUUGGGCGUCAUAUAUAAGGGCUCGUACCGCGGCUCGGCAGUCGCUGUCAAGAAGAUGAAGAUGAUUUCAUUGCCGUCAAAACCCUCAGCCAGAGAAAAUAUCGAGAUGGAGCUAGAGGUAGAAGCCACACGAAUGGGAAGCCUUCGGCACCCUAAUACGGUGCUCUUCAUGGGUGCUUGUUUACAGGAAGACUACUUCUGUAUCGUAAGUGAGUACUGUACGCGCGGAUCGCUAUUUAAUGUUUUGCACGCUCCUAAAGCCUCAGUCUCGAACAAAAGCAGACAUAAGCGGCCUGAGUUGGAGGUGCUUCCAAGAUCAGCUUCAGCCAGUAUACUUGGCGCUUCUGAUGUUGUAAUUAAAAAAAAAGUGAAUCUUAAGUGGAGUCUAAGGAUACGCCUCGCACUUGGAGCGGCAAGAGGGCUUCUUUAUCUACAUAGUGCAGACCCUCCACUUGUUCAUGGACAGCUCAAAAGCACGAAUAUAUUAGUGGACGACUCAUGGAAUGCCAAGCUUGCGGACUUUGGAACACGACGUGUGGCUGAUGCAGUUGGUUUUGAUAGAAGUAGAAUGAAUACUAUAGAUGAGCGAUCAGCGUUGUUGCGGUGGACAGCACCUGAACUUCUAAAGCUAGGCGAGGAACGUGUUCUAAAGGGGGCAUUCCCUAACGAUUGCUCAAUUCCGCAAGCCGUGGAUAUCUUUAGCUUUGGAUUGAUAAUGUGGGAGCUCACAACUGGGGAAUUACCAUAUGCAGACAUGCAUUCCAAUAUUGAAAUCAGUAGCUAUGUGCUGUCGGGCUUCCGACCUAUUAUGAAGCCCGGCCGGUGCAAUAUAAAAUGGGCGGAGCUCAUGGCUCGAUGCUGGUCGCACAACCCGUCAAAAAGACCGAGUGCAGCUGAGAUCGUUUCUUCGCUCGAGAGCAUAAGCAAGAUUGAUGCCAUUGCACAGUCAACAAAGAAGGUAACCGGUGUCGUCAACAGCAACCGUGCUGACUAUCGCUUCGCAGAGAAAAAGUCUAGCUCGAGGUCGAAGGGGCCUUCUAAGUUCAAAAGCAACGUGCGAGCUGUCGUCUGA